UUGGUGAUGAAAGAGACAUGGGUAACUUUGUUCUUCCUUUUUCGUGAUUUUUGGCACUCGCAGCCAUUUUGGCGUGCCGAAGAAAAAAAUCCCAGUCCCGGACCCUCGCCGGCACCACGAUGCUCGCCGGCAACGGCAUCAUCUUCGCCAUGGCCACUGUCCUUCUCCUACUGCCGUCAGCCCGUCCGCAAGUCAUCAGCUCCUGCGACGCCAGCACAACCUUCGCGCCCAACAGCCCUUUUCAGGCGAACCUGAACUUCCUCGUCGCAGCGCUCCCCGCCAACGCCUCCUCCUCGCCCGCCGGCUUCGCUAACCUUUCCGCUGGCACGGCGAGUCGUGCCUACGGGAUGGCGCUCUGCCGCGGGGACGCCAACGCCUCGUCCUGCGCCGCCUGCCUGACGGUAGCGUUUCGUGCCGCCGCCGUGAACUGCAGCAACAACACGGGCGUCGUCAUGUACGAGGACGACUGCGUCCUCCGCUUCGCCAACAACCAAUUCUUGGACUUCCUCGACGCCGACCAGUGGCAGCCUGGCGAACUUAGUACCAAGAUUAUACCGGCUAAUACAAGCGUUCCGUCAGUCCCGGCUGCCUGGUUCAGCGCUGCGGCCACAUCAAUCCUCACCGCUGCACUGGCUGCUUCGAGCAACUCGACCGCCGCUAACGCCAAGAAGUACUUCGCGACGGGCGAGGUUGACUUCGAUCCCAGGAUCUACGCGCUCGCGCAGUGUGUGCCGGUCUUGACGCCGGCGCAGUGCAGCAGUUGUCUCGGAAUACUCCUUGGGGAGAUACAAUUCGAGUUGAGCAGUAAACCCUUAUGGGUUACAUCACGUGUGGAGUGGUGCGACCUGCGGUAUAGCGUGCAGCCAUUCUACGAAGGCGAGACCAUGCUGCACCUCCAGGCGCCACCUUCGCCGUCAUCUGUUACUGGUCCACAGACCGGAGCCGCAGGUAAAAAAAGAAGUAGUGCAGCAGCGAUCUCUGCGGGAAUCGUUUGUCCCCUUCUAUUGAUAUUGAUCCUAUCGGUUUUUCUGUUCACUCGCUUCAGGACAAGGAUUAAGUCUACGGAGUACGACAACCCAUUCAAGAAAAUUUCGAGAGCGCAGUGUGUGAUCUUUGAUUUGCUUUCGCUGGAAGAGGCAACUGAAAACUUUUCAGAGAGGAAUAAGCUUGGAGAAGGUGGUUUUGGUGCUGUGUACAAGGGGAUACUAGCAGAUGGGCAGGAAAUAGCAGUGAAGAAACUUUUGGGAACAGCUGGGCAUGGUUUGCAUCAGCUGCAUAAUGAGGUGCUGCUGCUGGCAGAACUUCAGCACAAGAACCUAGUCCGAUUACAGGGUUUUUACUCCCAUCGGCAGGAUACACUUCUUGUGUACGAAUACAUAGAGAAUGGGAGCCUUGACAACUAUCUAUCCGAUAACAGAGAGGGACACACACUAACUUGGGAGCAACGGUAUAACAUCAUUCUUGGUAUUGCCAAGGGGAUAUUGUAUCUUCACGAGGACUCGAGUAUGAGGAUUAUCCACCGGGAUCUUAAACCUAACAACAUUCUUCUUGGAGAGGGCAUGGAGCCAAAAAUUGCUGACUUUGGGUUGGCGAGGCUGCUAGGAGAAGGUCACACACAUACGAAGACAUCUGGGGCUGCUGGAACACUAGGUUAUAUGGCUCCAGAGUACGUGAAUCAUGGACGUGUGUCACCCAAGAUUGAUAUUUUCAGCUACGGUGUACUGGUCCUGCAAAUCAUUACUAGAAGAAGGGAGUGCUGGUCUGAUGAUAGCAACACUGUCAAUCUUCUUACUGAGGUGUGGAAUCACUGGAAAAAGGGAACAAUCUCACAAAUGAUGGACCAAACACUAGACGAACAUUGUCGAAACCAACAGCUACGAUGUGUACAUGUCGCGCUCAUGUGUGUCCAAGCGGGCUCUGGCGACAGGCCUGAGAUAUCCACAAUCAUUUACAUGUUAACGAGGGACAACAUAGAGCUUCAGCCAAUGGAGGAACCUGCAUUCUUCUUCGGGAGCUUCAGCCACCGGAGGAACCUGCAUUCAUCUAACUCUAAUUUUGUGUUAGAAGAUAUCAUUUCUGUGAAUGAAGUUACAGUUACAGAGCCUUAUCCUAGGUAAAUCAAAUGUAAUGGUGUGGUGUGAGAGUACCGAAGGCAUGAGUCAUUUCGGUAGUCAUUGAGAACGGUGCUGAGUUCAUGCAAUGUAGCAUGACUUAACCAAGCCCGAGUAAUUUCAGCAGCAUUGGUCAUUUCUGCAGUAA